AAUAAAUAGGGCACAAACAAACUAGCCAGUGAUUCCCCUGAUUGAUUUCAACCUGCAACAACAAAUGUGAAAAAUAUCUUGGUUUUUUUUUGCGUCAUCACUGUCAGCCCCACACUCAUCCAUUCUUCCAUAAAUACAUUUCUCUGCCCUCAUCUUUCAUUUCCCAGUUUUCUUUAUGUUGUUUUCAAUUCAUUUUUGGACCCUGUUGGCUGUUACACCUUCCUACUCUUCUCUCGAUAUUAAAGAUACAAGCCCCACAUCAUCUUCACUCUCUCUCGUCUCACCCUUCGUGUUAACUGGCCUUCUAGUUCUAAUCAGUUUUAGCGGCCAAAUGAAAUAGGUAAGUGAAGUGCUUGAAAAAAAUGCAUAGUUCAGGCUCCUUUAUGAGGCAGCUGAGUAGAAAAGAAGGCUGCAAAUUCACAUCCCGGAGAUGGGGAGAGGGGGAUGACUCUGGUAGUAGUUUUGAGGCAAACUUAACUCAAAUGGAAGAAGAGCUCAACAUGAAUGUCAAUGGGGUUGUUGAUCACAAUGGCCUGCAGGUUUUGAAGAAAAGAGUGAUGGUUGUGGUGGACCAAAGCUCACAUUCCAAGCAUGUCAUGAUGUGGGCACUUACUCAUGUAGCUAACAAGGGUGAUUUGCUCACUUUACUUCAUGUCAUUCCUCCGAGCCAAAAGAGUUGUAAACCUUCUUCAUGUUCUACUCACCUUGCUAACUCCCUUGGGUCACUUUGCAAGGCUUAUAAUCCCCAGGUAGAAGUGGAAGCAGUGGUUAUCCAAGGUCCCAAGCUGGAGACAGUAUUGAACCAAGUGAAGAAGCUAGAGAUUUCAGUGUUGGUACUGAGUCAGAAAAGGCCAUCUCCAUUCUUAAACUGUGUGAGCAGCAGCAGGACCGAGGAGUUCGUAGAGCAAUGCAUAAAUAAUGCAGAGUGCUUAACCAUAGGGGUGCGGAAGCAAAGCAAAGGCGUCGGUGGCUACCUUAUUAGCACUCGAUGCCAAAAGAACUUCUGGCUCUUGGCUUAAUUCUUCUUUCUUUUUUUAUUAACUAUAUGUAUGAUUUCCCAAGGCAGAUAGGCAAGUGCAAAGAUUAAUUAGUGUAAUAAAUACUAGCAUCUCACG